AUGUCACUCUUUAAGAAGACUUAUGGGUCCAAUAUUAAGUAUCACCAUUCCCGUAGAGGGAAAGAAUCUGUAUUUGAAUAUCAAUAUGGUGACGACGAGAAGUCGUAUAACGAUUUAAAUUGGUAUGUGAAAGCCAUUGAGCAAAUUAAUCCUGAUAGCUUUGUGAAACUUGAAGUUGAUGAAGAAACUGGAAGAUUUAAGCGGAUUUUCAUCUGUUUCGGUGCUUGCAAGCAUAGAUAUAGGUAUCUCAGGCCCAUGAUUUACUUGGAUGGUACUUUACUCAUUGGUAUAUUCAGGGGUACUUUGAUGGCUGCAACAUGUGUCAAUAGAAAUGAUGGUUUUUACCCAUAUGCCUUUGCUAUUAUUUUAUCUGAAAACAAAGACAAUUGGUUUUGGUUUCUGGAUAAUCUUCAACAAGUGGUUGAAGAUCGUCCGAUUGUUUUCCUUAGUGAUCGUCACGAAGGACUUCUGCAGGGCAUUCCAAGAGCAUUUCCUGGUUCAUAUCACAGUUAUUGCUUUUACCACAUCAAGUGCAAUCUCCCUAUUGGAAAAGGUGAUGUGAAUUACAAUGUCGUUAUUGAUUUGUUUUACAAAGCUGCUUACUCUUACACAACAGCGAACUUUGAAGAAGCUUUGCGGGGCAUGCAUGCAAUUGGUUGUGGACAUGUUGCUAAUUAUCUCAGGACCAUUCCAAAGGAGAAAUGGGAAAAUGCAUUUUUCCCUGUAUGCAGAUAUGCUGCUCACUCUUCAUCUAUUGCCGAGUCAUUCAAUAACUAG